UUUCUCGAAUCGAGUUUGAAUGAAUGACUGACUUCAUAAUAUUGCAGCCUGGUUCUGCCGCUGAUCACGAGAGAAAUCGUGGACAAUAUGCAACCAGGGGCAACAGCCAACGAAACCACGGCUUACAGCAACUACGGUUUUCUAUACGGUACAGUGCCCACAGCACCCACUGUGUUCGUUUACGCAGCGCAGUUCAACAUCCAGGCAGACAUGAUCGCGAGCGCUAUGGUGAUUGGGACGUUCCUGUCAGCACUCGUCAUGUUUGUGUCGGCGAAAAUGGUGACGCUGACGAACGUUGUGCCGCAAGACUAUGCUGUCGAAUUGAAUGGGUUCCUGUUCAACGUGGCGGCUCUUGGGGCGAUUUCUUGCGCCGCCGUCGUCGUGGUUUUUUCGCUGACGAGGAAAUGGCAGAAAAUGCCGCACUUCGUCACCCUGUGCUUGGCCUUGUCGCAGAUGAUGGCUUGUGUUGGAGUACUGACUUGGGCUUUAGUGGACUCGAACCAUCAGUGGAAGCUGUAUCUUCAAUUCUUCAUAUUUUCCUGGGGAGUUUUCGCUUCCAGAAUAUGGACAGCUUUGUUGGCUGUCACUCUGGUGUUUAUGCGGAUCAGAAGCUUGAGAGAUAGUCUGAAAUUGCGUCGCUAUUUGCCCAUAAUCGGAUGGGGACUUCCUGCGAUCAUAGUCGGCAUUUUGUUGGGGAUUGUGGCGGGGAAGUCGGAUAUGAACCUUGGAACCCAACCAGACCCGACUUUCCAAUACGGCCCAGUCCAAGCAAUUGCUUCUCUCGUUGUGCUCUCAACUUGUUUCCUCGUCACACUGUUGUGCCUGAUCUUGCAACAGCGACUCAAAAGGCUGUCAGCUGAGCAAAAGAUCAGUUGGAACGUCUACGAAGAGUUGUACUACGAAGGAAGCGUCAGCAUGUCCGAGAUGGGCGACGAUUAUGCGGGAAGCCUGGGAUCGAGCGAAAGAAAUCCGGAACGGAAAAUUUCCGAAAUCUCAGAUUCUUCAUCAAUGGCAUCAUCGACUCCCACGACGCCGACGAGCGACGAUAUUUUUUCUGAAGCGAUGAAACGAUCGAUUAGUCGUCAAACAUCGAAAAUUCAACUGAUCGCUUUUGAUGCCAGUAAUGAUGCCAAAAAUGACGCAAUUCUGUUCAGUCCGAGCGACGAACUGAAUCCGAGACAAGCGAAGCAAGCCAAAGACAUCCGCCAUUCGCCGAAGAAGCUCUUCUCAUUCGACAAUUUCCUUCGGAAAAAGCUCAAAAUGCGAGAAGAAUCUUUGCAAAUAAUCCCAGAGGAUCGUGUUAUAACGUCAUCAAUGUCGAUCGAAGAUGGAAAAUCAACAGCGAGUUCGUCGUCAUUCCGCGACGAUUGGUUCAACAGCACCCGAAGAAACAGCGGUACCUUGGCAGGGUCUACAACUUCUUUGCAGAAAAAUUUACAGAAUAUCGUACCGAUGUCGCCUCUACAACCUGAAGAAACUGGGAUUCUUCGCGACCGAGAUGACGAGUACCAAAUCUUGCGACACGUCGUCCUUUUGCUCAUCUUGUUGACAUCAAUGCUUGUGGGACUUUCGCUUUGCUUAUGGUCGAUAGUCAUCGAAGAAAAAAGUGGGAUUUACGUCGAAAUGGUCUUUUUCGACGUGGCGUUGAACUUUGGCCAAGGCCUGUUCGUUUUCCUCAUCUUUGGACUUGACCAGAAGCUCGUCAUCGCCCCUUUAUUGAGAAAAUUUCGACGUUGUUACUACGGAACGUCUCAAGUUCUUCCGCCGCCGCCCGAAAAACUGUCCCCGGAAACUAUACAUGUUUGUCAGCAGUUUGUGGACUACCACAUGGACAAAUGUGCUCGAGACAUUGUUCGAGACAGAAGAUUUCGCAGCAGAUUUUACAAGCAAGCGUUUUGCGGGAACGAAUUGGUGGAUUGGCUGCUGAUAGUCGGCCUGGCGCCGGAUCGGAAACACGCCACGAAAUACGGGCGGCGGCUUUUGGCCGGCCGCCUUUUGCGUCACUACGACAACGAGCACAAUUUCCAUGACAUGCCGUUUUUCUAUACGUUUUGCCAAGCUCCUCGAGACGCUUCCUCAGUGGAACCCUUUCCAAAGCAGAUAUACAUAGAGAAGGAAGUGGAUGUCGGUGGUCGAGUCCGUGUUUCUUGUUUUCAUAUUGUGCGAGAUGCUGUUUUCCGGGGAGACAAUGGCCAACAAUUUCUGAUCGUGGAUAUUUCCUUUUUUUCUGUGUGGUGGAUAAAGAAGAGGGCGUCCUUUUUUCCGGAGUUCCGCCCUUUUUCGGGGAUGAGGAUGCGAUAUGAAGUCGUGUUGGUCGUCGGGAUUUUAGGGUUUUUGUCACCAAGGACAAAAGCGCGGAACUCGCUAUGUCCUUACGACACCACGAUCACUACAGUACCGGAACUUCUGCGGUACUUGUCGCAUCGCGGCGACUUGCUCAACUGGAUUUUCGGUGACCUGAGGUACGUGGGUAACCUGACACGAAUGGACGCGGCCCCGGAUGCUCUGGCUGCAUGUUACGGGGAAUGCAUGGCCUGCUCCACGACGCUGUUCUUCCUUCGAAGGUGA